CAAAAUGUAUGGCUCUUCGCGGCAUGUCGCGAUGGGGCUGGCAGGCAUUGCUGCUGCCAGCUGUGUGAUAUUUUUGGUGUCCAUGGUGGUUCUCGUUGUCCACCACAAGUCGGCUCACGGGUCGCAACUGUUGGAGGUCUACCCGCCAUAUGCCACCAAGCAGAUGUUGAACUCUGCUCCAUGGAACAUCGAGCAGAGAACCUCGUCUCGCCGAAUGCAAGAGAUGGACAAAUUCUGGAAGCAAGCGGACGAGAGAAUCGCUCGAGGGGAGCCGACCCCUGUCUAUGCCAGAAAUAUGCGUGUUCAGUCUUUAGCCCACGGUAACUGGGAUGUAGACCAGACGUCAUCCAGAUUGAAAAGAGCAGAAGAGCAUAAAUACAAUCAGCAGGCGUAUCAGAGAUAUCAGAAUGGAGAGAGCUCUGUGCCCUGGGACCCGGCCAGCUGGCAUGCACUUUACGCCAAUAGGAUUCGCAGGAAGUCGCUCAAGGAGCUCUCAACCCCAAGCACUCAGUCGCUCGCUGCUGGUAAUUGGGACAUUGACCUCACUUCGCCCAGACUGCGAUCUGCUGAAGAGAAGAAGUUCGAGAAGCAAAGCGUUGAAAGAUAUCUUGCAGGAGAAACUAGUGUGAUGUGGGAUCCUUCUACAUGGCAUAAUCCUUUGUAGAGUCUUAUGAAGGACUCAAGUCGUAAUAGACUUUUGUCAAGUCGUAGCUCGUGGUUUUUCUUUGAAGUGAAUCAAUAACAUCACCCGUUACA